AUGUCUCACCCAGGGCGGCCAAACACGGAGCACGAGCUUCCCAAGGAUGCUCCCGCUCCGACGAUUGCCCCUCCUCCCUACUCACCAAGGCAGGGAAGAAAUCGGGCGGCAUUGACAGCCAGAGGCGUUCAGCUUAACCAGUUUGCUCAACGCCUGGCUCUGGAGCCCUCUACAGCAGGCCUAUCACGCGCCAUUUCAGCCCAACUCAUGAAUGAAAAUGAGACCAUUGAUGAUGAUGAUGAGCCCUGCGCACCACUUUCCCUGCGGAUCAACACCUCAAUCACCAUCAACAAGAGCAAUAAUAUUAUCUGCUUGUCGGAGACCCCAUCCAGCCACGCCAAUGCCAUCGCUGAAGCCAUGACCCAGGCGAUCAAAAAGUACAGUGCAGGCAAUUGUGGAAUUCCCAUGAUUGAUGGCAACGGAAACCCGAGACCCAUUCGGCUCGAGGUUGACGCGGGUACCGUUGUUGAAGGCGAAGGCAACGUCAUCGGAAGCGAGGACGUUAUUCUUAAAGUUUUACGCCAGCGUGAUGAGCAGCAUGAACAAAAAAAGGUGUGCCUGAGGCGACCCCGAGCCGAGGACGAAGAGGGCGAGUCCUCAAGUGACGCCAAGCGUAGACGAUCUGAGUAA